ACGUUUAUUUUUUUGUAUCUGUAUUGAUUUGUUACGCGGAUUUUUGCGCAGAAAGAAGGAGAUUAAUGGAGUCAUCAGGGAAUUUGAAAGUCCUUAACGCGCUAGACGGAGCGAAAACACAAUGGUAUCACUUCACCGCGAUUGUGAUCGCGGGAAUGGGGUUCUUCACGGACGCGUAUGAUCUAUUUUGCAUCUCGCUCGUCACGAAACUGCUUGGCCGGAUUUAUUAUCACAAAGAAGGGUCUCCGAAGCCGGGAAGUUUACCGCCUCAAGUUUCUGCAUCGGUUAACGGUGUUGCACUCGUUGGGACGCUAGCUGGGCAGUUGUUUUUCGGGUGGCUCGGGGAUAAACUGGGACGGAAGAAAGUGUACGGUAUCACGCUUAUACUCAUGUGUGUUUGCUCCAUUGCGUCUGGUUUAUCGUUUGGUAGCCAACCGAAAGGGGUUAUGACCACUCUUUGCUUUUUUCGGUUCUGGUUAGGGUUCGGGAUCGGUGGUGAUUACCCGCUAUCCGCCACUAUCAUGUCGGAAUAUUCUAAUAAGAAAACUCGUGGCGCGUUUAUAGCCGCGGUUUUCGCUAUGCAAGGGUUUGGUAUAUUGGGAGGAGGCGUGUUCGCGAUUAUGAUGGCUGCGAUUUUUGAUAGCAGGUUUAAAGCUCCACCGUAUGAGGUCGAUCCGGUAAAGUCCACCGUACCGGAAGCCGAUUACGUGUGGAGGAUUGUUUUAAUGGCCGGAGCUCUUCCCGCACUUUUAACUUACUACUGGAGGAUGAAAAUGCCCGAAACGGCUAGAUACACCGCGUUAGUGGCGAAAGAUGCGAAAAAAGCAGCUUCCGACAUGUCGAAAGUCCUCCAAACCGACAUCGAAUCCGAGCAAGAGAAACUCGACGAAGUCAUGGCGGAUUCGAAGUACUCUUUCGGGCUUUUAAGCAAAGAAUUCGCUAAACGUCACGGCCUCCAUUUGCUCGGAACAACAAGCACAUGGUUCUUGCUCGACAUCGCGUUUUACAGCCAAAACCUCUUCCAAAAGGACAUAUUUUCCGCCAUCGGGUGGAUCCCACCUGCGAAAACCAUGAACGCCAUCCAAGAAGUUUACAAAAUCGCGCGAGCACAAACGCUUAUCGCGCUUUGCAGCACUGUCCCCGGAUACUGGUUCACCGUGUUUUUAAUCGACAGAAUCGGACGGUUCACGAUCCAACUCAUCGGGUUCAUAAUGAUGACAAUAUUCAUGUUUGUUUUAGCUUUCCCUUAUAACUACUGGACCCGACCCGAACACAACAUGGGCUUCGUAGCGAUCUACUCGUUAACUUUCUUCUUCGCGAAUUUCGGGCCCAACGCCACUACAUUUGUCGUCCCGGCGGAGAUCUUCCCCGCAAGGUUCCGGUCCACCUGCCACGGGAUCUCCGCAGCAUCGGGGAAACUCGGAGCUAUAGUUGGGGCUUUUGGGUUCUUGUAUUUGGCCCAAAAUAAAGAUCCGGCCAAAGCGGAUGCUGGGUACCCGCCCGGUAUCGGGGUGAAGAACUCGUUGAUUUGUUUGGGUGUGAUCAACUUUUUGGGGACGCUGUGUACGUUUCUCGUGCCCGAAUCGAAGGGUAAAUCUCUCGAGGAAAUGUCCGGCGAGCAGGAGGAAGCAAGCGGCGAGAGGCGAGCGUGAACGUUGCAAGAGCCAAAUGAGUGUUUUUUUUUUCUUUUGUUUUUGAAUGGUGUUAUUGACCCCCCAUACUAAAUACGA